GGGGCCAUCGCGCCUCCUGUGUCCACAGCCCCCAGGGUUAAGCGGUCCAGGUUGGAGGUCGCCAGGGAGCUGCGCUUCGGGCCCGGCGCCCUGGAGGAGCCGCCCUCUCCCCACGCGCUGUCCCCGGACAUCACCCCCCCGCCGAGUCCCGAGGUCCCCGCGGAGCUGUGGGACGAGGGGGCCCUGCGCGCUGGUGCUGGCCGCGGCCUCCUGAGCGCCUCGCAGGCCGCCCGCAACCCCGUGCUGAAGAGGCCGCCGGUGCUGGACGAUUACGUGCACGUGACUUCCACGGGAGGCGUCAGGGUCUUCCUGCUGCUGCGGGCCGACCCGCUGGGCACGGGGGUGCAGAGCCCCCUCCCUGCCGUCCAGUGGCGUGGCCGUGGCCAGUUGGACCUGCUGGGUGUGUCCUUUGCUUCCCUGAAGGAGCAGGUGGACAGUGAGGUGGGCGUGCUGGGGUCUGGGCGGUGCUUUUGGGGCCCCGCGCCCCUGGGCCGCCUGACCGGCCCUGGUGUCUGUGCAGCGGCUGCAGCGGCGGCUGGAGGAGCUGGAGGACGGGCAGGGCAGGUGAGCGCCCUCUGCCCCCCCCACCCCGCGCCCCCCCGCGGGUGGGGCUCAGGCCUGUGGCUCUCCAGGGGCAGCCCCGAGGAGGAGGUGCAGGAGCUGGAGCCCGCUGGCAGCCAGGACGCCCCCCGGCACUGGCUGUGGGUGGAUGAAUUCGCCCCCCGCUGCUACCGGGAGCUGCUGAGCGAUGAUUUCACCAACCGCUGCCUCCUCAAGUGGCUGAAGCUGUGGGACCCCGUGGUGUUCGGCCGAGAGCGGCCCGCUCGGAGGCCCCGGCCCAGCCUGGAGCCGGCUCGGGCCGCCAAGGAGGCUCCGGCCGCCGGCAAGUGGAAGAGCCGAGAGCAGGUGCUGGAGGAGAUGCUGGAGGCCGAGCUGGACGGGAGCGGGCGGCCCCGGCAGAAGGUGGCGCUGCUGUGCGGGCCCCCGGGGCUGGGCAAGACCACCCUGGCGCACGUGAUCGCCCGGCACGCGGGCUACUGCGUGGUGGAGAUGAACGCCAGCGACGACCGCAGCCCCGAGGCUUUCCGCACCCGCAUCGAGGCGGCCACGCAGAUGGAGUCCGUGCUGGGUGCCGGCGGGAAGCCCAACUGCCUGGUCAUCGACGAGAUCGACGGGGCCCCCACGAUCUCCCUGCGGCAGGGCAUGCAGGUGGACCCCGGCGCCCUGGCUGCGCUCUGCGAGAAGACCGACCGGGACAUCCGGGCCUGCAUAAACACCCUGCAGUUCCUGCACAGGCGAGGUCAGCGGGACCUCAGCGUGCAGGCCGUCCAGGCGACCCACGUUGGCCUCAAGGACCAGCGCAAGGGGCUCUUCUCGGUGUGGCAGGAGGUCUUCCAGCUGCCCCGGGCCCACAGGCGACAGGACGCGCCCCCGCCUGCCCACACACUCCUGACGGGGGACGGGCACCCAGUCUCCGGGCCCUAUGGCGUCCAGCCACCCCUGACCAUGGCCUCCCAGCGGUUCCUCCAUGUCCUGCACGUGGCCACGUCUGCCGGCGAGCAUGAGAGGGUGGCUCAGGGCCUGUUUGACAACUUCCUGCGGCUGCGGCUGCGGGACUCGGGCCUGGGCGCCGUGUGCGCCGCCCUCGACUGGCUGGCCUUCGACGACCUGCUGCAGCGCGCCGCCCUCCAGGGCCAGCGCUUCCAGCUGCUGCGCUACGGGCCCUUCCUGCCCGCCGCCUUCCACGUGCUCCUAGCCACCAGCCGAGUGCCCAGGCUCAACUUCCCCAGCAGCCAGCAGGAGGCCCAGGGCCGGACACAGCGGACGCAGAACCUCAUUCAGACGCUGGUGUCGGGCAUUGCGCCGGCCACCCGCAGCCGGGCUGCGCCCCAGGCCCUCGUGCUGGACGCCCUCUGCCUGCUGCUGGACAUCGUUGCACCUAAGCUGCGCCCGGUCAGCACGCAGCUGUACAGCGCGCGGGAGAAGCAGCAGCUGGCCAGCCUCGUGGGCACCAUGUUGGCCUACAGCCUGACCUACCGCCAGGAGCGCGCGCCCGACGGGCAGUACGUCUACCGGCUGGAGCCGGACGUGGAGGCCGUGUGCCGGUUCCCCGAGCUGCCGGCCCGCAGGCCCCUCACCUACCAGGCCAAGCAGCUCAUCGCCCGCGAGAUCGAGCUGGAGCGGAUGCGGCGGGCCGAGGCCCUGGCCGGGCGCGGGCCCUGUCCCCAGGUGGCUGAGUUGCCCCCGGGGUGCCCCGAGGAGGAGGGGGCUCGGGCCCCCGCCCAGCGAGGCCAGGAGCAGCCGCGGCCGCGUGUCCUGAAGCAGGCGGCCAGGGAGGAACAGCCCGAGAGGGACUUCUUCGGGCGUGUGGUGGUCAGGAGAGCGGCGGCCUUAAGUGCAGGUCUGUGGGGCGGAGCACAGACGCGGGCGGCGGGGGCAUCUUUAUAA